UGCGCCCCCGGCCUCGAGUGCGUGAAGAGCCGCCAGCGCCGCAAGGCGAAGGGUGGCCCGGUUCCCUCCGCCGCCGCCGGCCCGCCCGGCGUGUGCCUCUGCAAGAGCCGCUACCCGGUGUGCGGCAGCGACGGGCUCACCUACGGCAGCGGCUGCCAGCUCCGCGCCGCCAGCCUGCGCGCACAGAGCCGCGGCGAGCCCGCCAUCAGCCAGCGCAGCAAGGGAGCCUGCGAGCAAGGACCUUCCAUUGUGACUCCUCCUAAGGACAUCUGGAAUGUGACAGGAGCACAAAUCUACUUGAGCUGUGAAGUCAUUGGCAUCCCAACCCCUGUCCUCAUCUGGAACAAGAUAAUUCGAGGACAGUACGGUGUCCAAAGGAUGGAGCUUCUGCCAGGGGACCGGGAGAACUUGGCUAUCCAGACCCGUGGGGGCCCUGAGAAACACGAAGUAACUGGCUGGGUGCUGAUAUCUCCUCUGAGCAAAGAGGAUGCUGGGGAAUAUGAAUGCCACGCAUCAAAUGCCAAAGGAGAGGCAACAGCUUCUGCAAAAAUCCACGUUGUGGAAACUCUGCAUGAAAUAGCCCUGACCAAAGAUGAUGGUGCAGAGCUGUGAUGUGAGGACUUUCACUUACGCACAGUUUUAAAUUAGUUUUUUGGAAAGCUGCAAGCUCUGGCUUUUUCUAGCUGACUAAUCAGUCCCUCUUAACUCCCUUUUUCUUUGAGUCCUAAUUUGCUUGCACACUUCUUUCACAGAUACACAAAUAGAUUCACAAGUUCAAUUACAAAUUUUAAUUCUAUUUACAGGAAAUAAACAUACUUUUGAACAGCACACAGCAGAUGAGUAAAACUGUAAUUUUGAAUGCAACGUAUACAAAAUGAAACAAAACCUGAGCACUUGAGUCUCAAAAUUUUUAAAAAAAAGCCCUUUUAAGGCUAAACACUCAUCAUACGAGGUGCAAUACUCAUAGACAUCAGUUCUUGGAAGAGGAGUUUGCAGGCAUAGGGCAUUCGAACCAAAGAUAUCUGGAAAGAGAUUUCAAAAGUCUUGUGAUAAACACUCGUAAAGCAUCAGCUUCCACCAUCCUCUACACAAAUAACUUGUUGGGUUUUUGGCUUAAAAGCAAACCUGGAGCUAUCUAUGCAUGAAAGCAUUCAACAAGAAUUGCUCACAGACAGUACCAAACCAAGAAGGAAGCUGAGACUGUAGGAGCUACACAGCAGCUCUCCAGAACACAUUUUUAAUGUAAAAAUGAAGCCAAGGUAUCUGAUCCCAAACAAGAGCCAUUUAACACAGAACAUGUGCACAGAAAAGUGUUAUGAAGUGCAUAAAUGCAGGUAAGGUCUCCAGCACACAUCACUCUGUAACCCCAGUGCCACUGUUAAGACUUGCAGCUGUUAGUCCAUGGCACAAAAACAAGCCUGUUCAAGGCAACUGUUUUUAUCUCUGCUACCUCUGUCCCUUGACAUACUUCUGUAACCAAGCAUGCACUGCAGAGCUUUUAUUAGAUUAAAAAAACCCCACCAAAGUGCAACACAAAAGACCUCCCGCAGGGACCCAGCUCUGCAAGCAUAAAUAUCUUCAUGGGACAGUCACAAGGGCGAUGCCUCUAAAUUCCUGUGAUUCUGAGUUUUACUUCUAAAAAUAAGCUCUUGAGCAUUUAAAAUCUCUGAAAACUCUGCACUGUGCAACACUUGAACAGCAUUUCCUGCCAAGCGACAAGCCAACACUGUAAAGUUAAUAAGGAAGCAUCCAAAUUGACUACAACGCUAUAAACACUUAAAACAGUUAUGAAACUAAAAUAGCAAUUGUUCUGGUGCUUCUUUAAAUAUUUACUUCCCUAUCCUCCUGCUUCACUCAAGUGGCAUUUCCUCCUGCCCACAAGGAGAAACAAUGGCUGAUGAAAACCACACGUACCUGAGUUUUAUUACGGCAUCCGCGGCAUUCGUAGGUGUGAGUCCUCGUGUUUGCAAUUGCCAUGAUUCCACAGAGGUUACACACAUGGACCUGGUAUGGGUCUGAAGCUUCAAACAAUCUUUCUCUCAAGAACUGGGCUGCUCCAUGAGCAAUCUGGCAAUCUCGUUCCAUUUCUCCAAAGCGAAGGCCACCAUCACUAAAAGGAAGAGAAAAACCUCUCAGCUUUUGAGUUUACUGGCAAAAUAAACUUGCUGUUCUUGUUGGUGGAAUAAGUAUCUGUAUCACAAGGCAGGAGGAAAGCUGUGCAUUAAUUUUCCUCUAAUACCACAGAAUAAAACUGUGAAAACAGUAA